AUGGCAGCACCCUACGGCGGAACUUUGACCACCUACAAAUACUCUGUUAUUUUACCGACUUAUAAUGAGCGGAAGAACUUGCCCGUUAUCGUAUGGUUGCUGGCCAAAACAUUCAACGAAUAUAAUAUCGCAUGGGAAAUAGUAGUAGUAGACGACGCAUCUCCAGACGGCACGCAGGACGUUGCCCUAGAGCUGCAAAAGGUCUACGGCGAAGAUCAUAUUCUCUUAAAACCUCGGAGCGGGAAACUUGGUCUAGGCACGGCUUACAUUCAUGGGCUCAAGUUUGUCACUGGCGAUUUCGUUAUUAUUAUGGAUGCUGACUUCUCGCAUCAUCCCAAGUUUAUCCCCGAAUUUAUCAAAUUACAACAAGCAUACAACCUUGAUAUUGUAACGGGUACUCGUUAUCGCAGCACCUCCACCCCACCCAUGCCUGGGGAUGCCCUAGUAAUACCUGGGGGUGUUCACGGAUGGGACCUCAAAAGAAAGUUUGUCAGUCGUGGGGCCAAUUUCCUUGCAGACACAGUCCUGAACCCUGGUGUCAGCGACCUGACCGGAAGCUUCAGGCUGUAUCGUAAAAAUGUACUCAAGCAUAUUAUCGAGCUGGUCGUAUCUCGGGGCUAUGUCUUUCAAAUGGAGAUGAUGGUACGAGCCCGCGCUCUCGGAUACACUGUGGGAGAGGUUCCGAUUACUUUUGUUGACCGCAUCUUCGGAGAGAGCAAACUCGGCGCAGAUGAGAUUGUAGGAUAUGCCAAGGGGGUCUGGGCCUUGUUCGUUGGUGUAUAA